UGAGGAAGUAGCUAGUGACAAUUUAGGACUUGCUUGUGGAGAUGUAGCUCCUGUACUGCAGCACCAGCUUUCAGUAGGUAACUAGCUGGGCGGCUAGGAAACAGUGACAGCUGACAAUGCGAUGGGUAACUGCUGGGCUUACUGUGCUGGGCUCUUCAGGAGGGAGGUCAACCGGAUCCAGAGAGGAGGCGGGUCAAAAUACUUCAGAAGCAGUACCACCGGGGAGCAUUACACAAUAGAGUUUGAAAAUCUCGUGGAAAGCGAUGAGGCUGAGAGUCCGCAGCCCUGCCCAAGGCCGAUCAACGAAGAUGAGCUCAAGCACCUCAGAGAGCACCGCUACACUGCGAUCUCAGACAAGCAGACCUUGAUAGACCAGAAGAUUCAAGCGGAGUUAGAGGCACAAGAGGAGAAGUUAAGGCUAGAAGAGGAGGCUAGAAAUGCCGCCCAGCGUGAGGCCGCCAGGUUGGCACGCGAACGAAAGUUGAAGGAGCAGCUGGCUGGCCAGAGGACACGGGGUAAAGCAGAUGGUGCUGGUGGAGAAACUCAGCAUAGAAAACAAACCCCAGGGGAAGAUUUUGAAUCCAACCUCCAGAAUGUGAAAGCCCAGUCAGAAGGCUUCAGGAGCAACAGGCUUCCAUCUGAGACCAACGUGGUGACUCCCAACACAGAGUGCAGCUGGGAUUUCACCACUAAGACCCGUUCCACCAAUGAUGACGGGACCUCCUUGGAUCUAGAGUGGGAGGAUGAGGAGGGAAUCAACCGCGCAGUGCCAGCCUGGGAGAGGUCACGGACGGAGGAGGACAUCCUGCGAGCAGCCCUGAGGCCCGGCGGCAAACAGAUGAACAGCGGCCCGCCCUCCGCCUCCGAGGACUCGAACGCACUGGAGUGGGAGAAUGAUUUUGUGAGUACGCAUGCAGAGGACAAUGCAGACGCUGAGUUUGAAGGGUUUGUCAAUCCCGUCCUAGACACUCCCUCCGAGGACGCACUGGACACUGGCCUCAGGCUGGACACGCAGGACAGAUAGUGUCCCAUACCAAAGGAACCAUUUUUUCUUGUGCCCUCUUCAUGUCAAAGCCCACCAGCUUUUUGCCUCAUCAGAUGGAUAUUUCUUCAUUGCUGUUCAUACACUGUACAUUGGGACUCUGAUGCUACCGGAAUAUGUUGUGUAUUUCACUACAAACACUACAGUGUAGUGACAUUUUGACAAACAAAUACACCUUGUUUUCCAGUGCCUUUAUGUGCUAAAUCAGCUGACCAUUUUAUGCAUUGUAACUUACACCAAUCAGUUGUCAUCAUCUGAAGCAGUGUAACUGGAAAUAUUCAGUAAGUGCUUGACUGCAGUGCAAAAUGCCCAGGUUUCAAUACAAGGCUAAUUCAAAUGAAGCAUGAUGAUGCUUGAUACUGAGCAGUGUACUAAGUGAUGGAAAUGGCCACAUUUCACUGGAGGGGCGGUCACUGGUCCUACAAUAAUCUGUUAUAUAAUGUAUACAGCAUGCUCUUUUUUUUCAGAGGAUGGCGAAAUCAUUUUUUGUGUUUUGAGUGGUCAUUUUGGCUUACUGGUUAAGGUUAGGGUUGGGCAUAGAGAAUGAAUGGAAGUCAAUUAGGUCAUUCCUUCGCCAUUCUAGGAAACAAAAAAAUAUCACAUUCAGCAUGUAGAAUUGAGUCACUUCUCUCUCCUUAUGUUUUGCUCAACCACUCAAUUUUCUAAAACUAUUUAAUGAUGGCAGAGAAAGAAAAGAACUCUAUUCAGAGGUUGCUGGGUGGUUUAAGUUGUUUCGAUGAAGUUAAACUUAUGUUGGAGACUAAACCGUAGUGGAGAGUCAGAGUAGUUGCAGUGUCAGCAGCUCACCUUAUCCACAGCUGACUCACUAGUUUCAUCUUGCACUGUCUCACUCACUGUCACUGUUUUCUCUUGAUUCUGUGAUUGGAAUUUACUUGUCCUCCUUUCCCUUCUGCUUCCCAACAAUCAGCAGCGACGGUGAUGCAUAAAAUUUCACACCUUGGAGUUAAACUUGCAAACUUGUCUUGUUCAUACUUUAUUGAAGUAGUCAUCAAUAGAUCUCAUCAAAACUACUGACAAAAUGACAAUUAGCUGUAAAAAGACAAAUAAUAAUUUGACCACAGUCUGAUUCCCCCCAAGCCCCCCCCCCCACCCCCACCUGUUUGUGAUAUGACAAGGGCUGCACAAUGUGGUAAAAAAAAAAAAUCAUAACGCGAUUAAUUUUCCAAAUAUUGUGAUUUUGUGAUUAUGAUAUUGAUUCACAAUUUUAGUAGGAAUGAUCAUUUUUGCCUUAUAAUUUUCUUUUUCACUGAACAAGCUAUUAAAAUGAUGAUUGUGUGAUUUUUGCUGAAUUGGUACCGAACAAACACUUUUUCUUACCUCUGGAGAAUAACAAUAUACACGCCAGGGCAUCUCUAUAAGCACCAUAAAACUUUACUUACAACAAUGUCUUGUCACACACUUUACCUUUAUAAACACACUGCAUCUCCUGCGAUUUGGAUAUUGCACUUGUCCAUAUUGUGAUUUCAGUAAUAUUUCAAUUAGUUGUUCAUCCCUAGGCAUGACCAUAGAGGUAUCCAUUUUGAUCAUUGUUCAAAAUGUGAAUGCUGAUAUAGCUGCACUGACAGCAGUUUGGCUGUGAGUUGCAAGUUCCUCUUUAGCAGGUACCAGAGAAUAGUUGUGCAAUAAUUUUGCAAUAAUGAAAUAUGUCACUAUUAUGCUUUAACAUGCAUAGUUCCCACAGUGAAACAUCUAAAAACAAGAGAUUGAUACAAUUCAUAUAAUAUGCCAUGUAUAAUUAGGCACCUACAGCAACACAAGCUUAGGGUUAGCCCUACUCUUCAUAGUAACCUAGUGGGCUAUUUUAGGAGUGACUGUUACUAUGCUGCAUGUCAUCAAGCCCUGGUUGUGUUCUUAAGCUCUGAGGUUUCCUCUCAAUAAUCAGGGUUUCAACCAAGUAGAAAAUGUAGAAAAUUAUUUACAUUUACAUCCACAUGAAACAAAACAAUCAGCAAUAAUUCUGCAUUGUUUAAAACUUAAACCCUUGUGCGGAAGUAUGGAAUUUUCAAAUGGAAAAUAUGUUGAACCCUGUGAACCUUAGUGUGUGACAUGGCAAACACAGGACCAGUGCCACCUGAUAAGAGAUGUAAAUCCACCUGUCCCGCUCUCCUUUACAUCACAGCUGUACCUCUCUAGUCCAAACAGCUGCUGGGAAGCCUCCUCUUUGGCAAUCACUGAAAAGAGUUGCCGCGUAACAUUGGAGAAAAUUUUGAGAGUGCGCACCAAGGGCGAAACGUAACAGGAGACAAUCUUUAGCUAGACGUCAAAGGGUGUAUGUUUAAAUUAAUUAAUUGAUCAAUGUCUUACUGGCUGCAGCCGUUUUGCGUUUGUUCAGGAGACAAAUCAUUGUUAUACGUAAUAACCUUUAAUUUAAUAAUUUCCUCCAUGUUAUCCAAAGCAGUUUGUUUUCAGCGCAUCGCCCCCUAUGGUUUACCACCACAACUGUGUCUCAGUCUCUUCUGGCCCAUUUCCAGCUCUGACUACACUGAGGAAAUAUUUCUAUUGAAUCUUCUAGAAAGAAAAAGAUUCUGCUCACUGCUGUUUACUGUAUCUAAUGUAAUUUCUGUAUAUUUGGAUGAGGAUCAUCUCCAACGUUUGAUGACCUGGGUCUUUUUGCAUCCAGUUUCAAAUAAGACUCGAUAGCACAAACUUUAUUUACCAUGUUCCAACGCUCCUCCACAAAGGAUUCUGCUUUUCUCUUUUUACCGGUGCACAAACUUCGAUUCCUCCGAUUGCUUUCCCUCCACUCAUCUUGAUGAUUCAGCCUGAUUUGCGACAGUUAAUCCGUUCGAAUCAACUGCAGUUCUCUGAUUGCACUCAGAUGUGUGUAUUUUAAUUUGGACUGUAUUGUGGCUUCUUCUUUUCACUGAAACGUUUUCUGUCAUUCUUAAAAUUUUUCUGUACAAUGACAAAACUGAUCUGACAAUUAGAUUGUGAAACCCUUCCUGUGCACUAAUGUUGAACUCCACGGAGGGGAGAUAGAUCAUUUUGCAGAUAAUUUGCAACACUAUUAGCAAGUUAGUCAUUAGAGUGUACAUUAUAAUUUUUUAAAAAUAUUGUUUUUAACACAUUUAAAUAUGUUUUGACAUUUUUUGCUGUGAUUACAUAUAGCCUCUGAAUAAUCACUUGUAGUUUUCUGUAAAAACUGUAAAAAACUUAACAUUCCUUGUCACACUGAGCCUGAGAGAGAAUAAAUGGGCAUCACACACAGUACAUUUCCCCUAGUAUUUCUGAUCAUGGUAGUACCUUAGUGCACACUGGAUACGACGCAUUGCUGGGAUUUUGCACAUGUCAUGUUGAAUUAUUUAACCGAAACGUCACCAUUACCUUAAUUAGUCUUGUUGCCUGUGAAAAGUGAAGGAUGUAGUUUAUCACCUGCAUUUCUGUCAUCCUUAAAGUGAUAUUUCAGACCGGUUGAACGUUUGUCAUUUUUAUCUUUGAUACGUGUUUGGUGCAUUUGGUACAUAUGGAAAACAAGAACACUUGGUUCCUCUGGAGACUCACUUUUACUACAAAAACAAAGAAAAAGUACUUUGCGGUAACCCUUUCAUUCAUCAUUACAGUUUUACUCUGUGAUCUGGAACUGUUCAAAGAGUAAAUUGCUUGUUUGCAGUUAAUACUGACAAAAGGUCAGUAAAAAGGACACGUACACGUUCUACAGAAGUGAAAUAUCACUUUAAAAAGAGGUAUGGACCAUGUUAUACGAUGUUUUCUACACCUUGGAAGAUAGAGCUACCUCUAAUUUUUACAUCACUACUGUACUGUAAGUCUUUCUGCUAUGUUGUGGUCCUUUGUGGCUCAAUGGUUAGAACAUGGCACUACAACUGCUUUCGGGGAUAUCUGUACUAAAAAUGAACAGUUUAUAGCACUGUAAGGUCAUCCACCAAAUUGUUAUGAGUUGGAUUGUAGAGCUCGUCAUUUUUAUAAAACUUGGUACUGGCUAAGUCACUCAGACUUUUUGCUCAUUUGUAUGUUUCCCAGCUUUGUAUGACUUGAUUGAGUACAAGCCACCAAUAUCCUCUUCCUUGGUUUAUAUAGGAUGUAUUUAAACCCCCUGUAAUGGCACACUGCACUAUGGAAUUUUAGCUUUGGGAAAUUGUUAUCUCUUUAGAUGCACUGGUGUUUUGCUGUCAAAUAAAUCCAAAAGGCAAACUGGCGUGAUACAAAAAAAUAACUAAAUAAAUGGAAUUAACUCGC